AUGGGUAUUUCUCGUGAUUCUCGUCACAAAAGAUCAGCCACCGGUGCUAAGCGUGCUCAAUUCAGAAAGAAGAGAAAGUUCGAAUUAGGUAGACAGCCAGCUAACACCAAGAUUGGUGCUAAGAGAAUUCACACUGUUAGAACCAGAGGUGGUAACAAGAAGUUCAGAGCUUUAAGAAUUGAAACCGGUAACUUCUCUUGGGCUUCUGAAGGUGUUUCCAAGAAGACUAGAAUCGUUGGUGUCGUUUACCACCCAUCUAACAACGAAUUAGUUAGAACUAACACUUUAACCAAGUCCGCCAUUGUUCAAAUUGAUGCAACUCCAUUUAAGCAAUGGUACGAAGGUCACUACGGUCAAACCUUAGGUAAGAAGAAGAGCUCUAAGGAAGAAGAAAUUGUUGCUCCAUCCAAGAACGCUGAAAAGAAGUGGGCUUCUAGAGCUGCUGCUGCCAAGAUUGAAACCGCUGUUGCCUCUCAAUUUACUGCUGGUAGAUUAUACGCUGCUAUCUCUUCUAGACCAGGUCAAUCUGGUAGAUGUGAUGGUUACAUCUUAGAAGGUGAAGAAUUAGCUUUCUACUUAAGAAGAUUAACUGCUAAGAAAUAA